UCAGAAUGACUUCCUUGGCUGACACUCCCCCAAAUUACGAAGUGAUGUUUGCUCAUCGAUUCACGUCGGAUGAUGAAGAGUACCAAGAAUAUCUGAAACGCCCUGCAGAUCCCCCUCCUAUAGUUGAAGAAUGGAGAAACAGAUCUGGUGGCAACCAGAGAAACAGAGAUCGGUUUCAAGAUGGCAGAUAUUUUAGAGGAGACAGAUACAACUGGCAAGGUGACUACAGAUCUAAUCAGAGGCCAGACAGAGGUUGGGGUAAUAACUACCAGCAGCACAGACAAGGACAAUCGUACUCAUCCCACUAUGGACAGUAUGGCUACAACUCCUUCAACCCGGGGCCUCGUUAUCAUUCCUACUGAUGUACUUAUGGCUUGAAAGUCCAGUAAUGCUCUGUAACAAAUUCAGUUAGCUUUGAGUUUUCUUAUUUUUCCACAGUUUUAUAGAUAAGUGAAGAAUAGGUGUUACAAUCCAUUGCUGUUUCUUUGUAGUGUGAAUUGAAAAAGGGAAUACCUUUCAUGAAUAAUAAAAGCAUAUUAUUUGGAGUUUGUUUAGAGUCUGUAGAUUGUAGAUUAAAUUUCUAUUUCAUUCUUUUGUCUGAAUAUGUACUGGUACAUGUCUUUUCUUCCAUCACUGAGCUUUCUCUCUGUUAGAUUUUAGAAAACAAAACAGGUCAGGGGAGGAUAGCUGUGGUUUGCCUGUAGCAGUGGCACAUUGCCUUAAGAUAGUUAUUUUUGAAAGUGACAUAAUGUGUCUCUCUGUGGAGAGAAUGUCUUAGUUUGGCUUUUGACAGUGAGAAAAGCUCAGUUUGGUUUGAAUUUCAGAUGCCUUAAAACUGAGAAGAGAGCUCCUAUUACAGAAAUAUUUUAUGGGGUUGGUAUAGUGUCUUGACUCAAUGGCUUCAAUUCGUUUGCAGUAUCCUCUUAAAACAUGGUCUAAAAGUUGGAAUAAAAAAUAGGUAGUUAAAUAUGUAUCUUCUUCUUGUAGCAGUUCAGUGAUAUAGAAGUUUUACCUGCGAAGUGAUAUCAGACUUAGAUUAAUCUGUGUCAUCUUGAAAUAAAUUUGGCAUAUGCAUAACAUAUUUUGGAAUUCCCAUUUCAGUAAAGCUGUAAAACUUUGAUGAUAUUGUAGUUUGUAUGAAAUACUUUCUGCAUGUUAUAGAAGAAAGGAACCUUGAUCAGUACUGGUCUGUACUGUUUUCUGUAUGAGAAAAGAGCAUAAGCAGUGCAGUGUGACUUGGUUCUUAGGAUUUAAGAUUUAUGGGGGAUUUUAAGUAUUCACACAAUAAAAGUAUAGUUCACGUGUAA